ACAGUAUCCAAAACCCCUGGUGCCGAGAGAGGAGAUGUGGGAAGGACACUAUGCUACAGUAGCGCACUGGGUUGCUGCUGUUCAGAGAGGAGUAGUCCAGACUCCACUGUGGUACUGGAUGAUGCAGAGACAGAUAGAGCGCAGUAGGCUUUUCAGUUCUCAUUGGAGACGUUUUGCAGUCGCUUAGGAAUGUUUUCACGUUUUGCACUAAAGGAAGUUUUCUGAAACAGGAAAAACUGUUUCUAGUCCAACCUAUCCCCUAUGACUUGAUUGGGGAGAAGUGAGUGGAGUAAACCGUGCCUCUGCGCGGUGCGGCGUUGCGUUAGGGGUGACGUUCGGUGGGGAAGAGGCUGAAACGGUAUCAGGGUGAGAAGAGAUUUUCCGUGACAGCAAAUAGAAGAUCUCCAUUGGGCUCGAGCUCUUCUCUCUCUUUUCUGACAAACCAUCACUCACCGACCAACCGUCCACCGUUUGAAGAUGCCCUGCGCUUCAUGAACGAACGAGUGUCCUCAGUUCCUCCAUUGUAUGCUGGCUAUACUGUAGCCUACCUGGCGACAAGGCUGCAUGUUGUGGAUAUUUGGAUAAACAGCGUAGUCAUUUUUGUAUUGAAAUUACCAACGGAAAAUUCACCCAUAAAUAAUGGACGAGCGAUGUUAAUAGUGGACAACUGAAGGGAUUGAUAGCCUGCAACGCAUUAUAGUCUAGGGUCCCUCCCAGCCUUUCCAGGUGUUGUGUGGUGGUCUAGAAUGUAGGGAUGAUCCCUGUGGGACGACUGAAGGCUCAGCCACAGCUGUGGCAGAUAGAGAGAGAUGCCUCUCCAUGGCUGUGGAUGCUCCCUGGCCCUGGUUCUGCUGCUGCUGCCUCGGGGCUCUGCCGGCUGGGUGCCAAUACAGCCCCUGUUGCCGCGCCACACCAUCACCACCCCUUCCUGCUCUCCCAUCACCACCCUCCUCCGUUGCUCCAAGCCGUCUCCAGCUGGCAGCUGUCCUGUGAUCCCUUCCUGCCUCUGGCCAGGAUACCGACACACACAGCAGCUAACCCUGGCAUCAGUCAGUUUCCCCUGCAGAACGUGCAGUGGGAGCUGCCAUCUCCACCCCACGUGCUGAGAUUUCAGCCUUCUGCCAACCUGGAGCUGGUCCCUGUAUUUCCCCAUCUGCACCGCUCAGUGCUGCCUCCUCACUGUGGCAAAGGAUGGGUGGAGAAACGGGUCCCCGACUACAAGGCAUACUUGAACAACACUCUGGCUCUGGAGAACACCUGGCUUACUCCGGAGGAAAUAGGAAUUUUCCAGCGGCACGAAAAACCAUUGUUGAUGACAAAUCAAAUGGCAAUGAGCAUAUCUAGGCCAGCUACUGCCUCCAGGAGUCUCAACUCUCUCCUCAUGUCACCCAGACCUGCUACCUCCAGGAGUCUCAACUCUCUCCUCAUGUCACCCAGACCUGCUGCCUCCAGGAGUCUCAACUCUCUCCUCAUGUCACCCAGACCUGCUGCCUCCAGGAGUCUCAACUCUCUCCUCAUGUCACCCAGACGUAUAUCAGCUAACUUGGCUCUGGGGAGAUUCAGGGCUGGAGCAGCAACAUCACAUUUCAUUCAUCUUCCAGAAUACUUCAGAAAACCUUUUGUCUUUAUUCUGUGUGUAUUCCUUCCAUUGCACAUUCAAGGUCAUAGAGAAGGGCCAGUUUUUCAUAUUUUUGGGCAGCAGGUAGCCUAGUGCUUAGAGCAUUGGGCCAGUAACCAAAAGGUUGCUGCAUCGAAUCUCUGAGCCGACAAGGUAAAAAUCUGGUAUUUUUCCCCUGAACAAGGCAGUUAACCCACUGUUCCCCUGUAGGCCGUCAUUGUAAAUAAGAAUUUGUUCUUAACUGACUUGCCUAGUUAAAUAAAGGAUAAAUAAAAUCUUUUAAAUAUAAAAUAUAUUUUUCCCAGAAUGUUUUUGAUCACACAUUGGGAACAUUCUAGCAAUCUUUCAUGACAAUGAAAAAUAUUUGUUAAUUGCUA